UUGCGAAUCAACCAUUAAAUUGCUCCCUCCGUGUUGCCCUUCACAUCCAAUCAGUUAUACAUUUCAUAUCCUAAUGACAUUAAUGUCAUGUGUUAAGUCCCCCCACAUAUUUCCAACAAAACAUUUUUUCUUCUUAGCAAAGGUCUGACCUCACCCAUUCAUUUCAUCUACAUAAUAACCGAGGAGAGGUCUUGACGUGCGUAGUGGUCUAUAGCGAGAAGAUCUGGGCUGCAUCUUCAGAAGACGCAUUUUUCGUUACUCCUCUAACCUUAAGGGGGCUUUUUAGCUUUUGGUUAGCUAUCCGUUUCUGGAAAACAUCUGAAUCAUUUUAUAACCAAAGCCAGCUGCUCCACAAGUCUAUGCGCGCGUGCGUGUGUGUGUGAGUGUGUAUUCGUUUGUAUGAGGAAGAGGGAGAGAGUGUGAGAGUAUCUGUUCGCUUUGCUCUCCAAAAAGGAAGAAAAAAACGUUUGGACGUCUUUUUCCUCCCGAAACUUUUUUUUAGGAAUGAACGCCGAGACGUGCGUUUCAUACUGCGAAAUGACAUCCAUGGAUUCAUAUUAUAGCCCAUCUGCACCGCAAGGUAGGGAUCACCAGGCGAACCCUUUCAGGACAUUCCAAGCGAGUGACACCAAAUACAGCCCCGCUUUCCUGACCAACAAAGGUCAGGGGUACGGGGAAAAAUCUGGGAGCCCGUUCCAACAGGAAUGCCAGUCAUUGGAUGCCACUGCUGGGGAAGGCACCUUUAACAAAUACCACCUCUUCAUGCAGAGGUCCUCCUGCAAAACUCCUCCAGACAGCAGCAAACUCCAGCAGGAAAACAGCGGACACAACGGAGGGCUCAUCGCGUGUUAUGGUAAAGACAGCACAGGGUUGACAGAUUCCGAGUUGCCCCAAAACAGUGAUCCAGCAGGGAUGGAUGGCAGCUACCUCAGCGUAAAGGAUUCAGGAGUGAAGAGCCCGCAGCAGGCAACCUCAGAACUGGCCUCUCCACUGGACAAAACCGAAGGAGAGAGCAACAAGGGCAAGAAAAGACGCAACCGUACCACCUUCACAAGCUAUCAGCUGGAGGAGCUGGAGAAGGUCUUUCAGAAAACACACUAUCCUGAUGUCUACGCCCGGGAACAACUCGCACUGAGAACUGACCUGACAGAAGCCAGAGUACAGGUGUGGUUCCAAAACCGCAGAGCCAAGUGGCGGAAGAGAGAGCGUUUCGGACAGAUGCAACAGGUCCGGACACAUUUCUCCACAGCCUAUGAACUUCCACUUCUCACUCGGCCUGAGAACUACGCUCAGAUUCAGAACCCUUCUUGGAUAGGCGGCAGCAGUGCAGCAUCUCCAGUGCCUGGCUGCGUCGUACCAUGUGACUCGGUCACUUCCUGUAUGCCACCUCAUCCACAUGCUGCUAGCGGAGUGUCUGACUUCUUGGGUGUGCCCAGUCCUGGAAGCCACAUGGGACAGACACAUAUGGGCAGCUUGUUUGGGAGUCCAGGCAUGGGCACUGGCAUUAAUGGGUACGACUUAAACAUGGACCCCGACCGGAAAUCCUCCAGCAUUGCAGCACUGCGAAUGAAAGCUAAAGAACACAGUGCAGCCAUCUCUUGGGCUACAUGACUCCCCCAACAUCAGGACGUUAUCUCUGAAGUCCCUCAACAAAUAAGAGGAGGAGCAAAUGUGAACAUCAGUUAGCCACCAACGCAUGACCUGCGAACGAGGAGUGUGUGGAUUGAUAAAGACAAUGAAGGGUAAUAGAAAAAACCAUGAGAUUUAUUUCGAUCUGAAAUCUAGAGAGACAAGGGUAAAUCAGAGAUCAUAAAACGGAGAAUGUUCUGGCUUUAAAACAAGAAAGAAAUACAAGAAAGAAGACAGAAACUUGACAUUUGAAUGCAUAAAAGAAUUACACAAGAAUGAAAAAAAAACACUGCACUUAUCCGCCACCAGUGUCCCAUUUGUAAACACACAUGAAUUUAUCUAAGAGCAUCUGGCUUUGGGCUCAGCAAUAUCAAAACUUAUUAAUUCUUGUUCUGUCACAGAUUCCUUUUUCCAUACAUGCCAAUUCAACAAGAUUCACAAUACAGAGUUUCUCACAAUCUCAUUGUAGCCUAUUUCCAAACAGCUAACUAGACAUCUAAAGAAGGCUUCCUGGUUCCUUAACGUAUUGUAUCCGUGGUACAAGCAGUCUAACAAGUGCCUUAACACAGUACAAACCCAAUAUUACAUAAUUAAUGACCAAAAGAUUAAGAGUGGGAUUGUCGGUCGAGAACGCAAUCCAUCACUUAUAAUUUCUUUUUCAAUUUUACUGCAAGAAAGAGUUGCUCUAAAGCCUUUUGGCAAGAUACAGAUCCAUCAUAGCAGCUGUUAAUUUGAAAGUCAAACAUCACAAUAAACCACAAUCUACAAUGUGUAAAGGAUUCAAAACGAGUUGUGGAAUUUGUUUAGAUUGCAAUAUCUUUGCAUCUUUUCAGCAAUUGUUUGUUCUGUAGCUACCCUGGCCCCAAUCUCUACGUCCAGGGUGUGUAAAAUGUACAGUGUUGUGGCUGCCUGAAAUUUGAGCCAUGAUUCAUUAAUUUAUUGGCAGUACUUCUCAUUUUGCCAUCUUAAAUAUAACUAUCAACUUGCCGAUCUGUGCCUCAUCCACCACCAUUCGGAUUGGAAGCAAUACUGAGCUCUGGCAUGUAAUUACUGACUUUGCCAUUCACUAAGGUGACAGAAAUAGAAAGCCCCAUUUCAAGGUAGUACAAGCUUUCUGAUUUUCCCAGAGUCAGAUUCAAAUGAGGUAAAACAAAGCUGUUUGAAAUCUGCAGCCGAAUUUGAUACGUUCUGCCCCUUGGAGAAGCCAUUUCUAAUUUGUAAAUGAGAACCACAUUUCCUUUCCUUCCUUCUGCUAUGCAAUGUAUCUGGAUCCCCGGAGAUAUGUACAUAUACACACAACUUUUUUAUUAUAAUACCAGAGCAGUGACUUACCUGGAUUAGGGGGGUCACAACAUGGAAUCAUGUUUCAUAUCGAGUUUGUUUUAAGAAUGACAGAAAACUGGAAUUCUAUUACAUAUUGUAAAUACAUAAUGGACUAAUUGAAACACGUUAGAGUCUUACACCUAAUGGUGAGGUUAUACGAUAUCCAAAGUAUAGAGGCUACCUGAAGUUUGAGCCAUGCUUCAUUAUUUUUGCAGAAGUCUUCACUGAAUCACAUGACUGAGAAUCUCAUCCCUCAACUCACAAAAUGCACUUCCUGAAAAAAAAAAAAAAUCUGCGAUAAUGUUAAUGGGAUUUCCAUUAAUGCUCUUAUGCUCUUAUGCUCUUUCAGACCAAGGAUCUACAAUGAUAAUACAAAUCAAUCUAAUUUUAAAAAUAGAAACAAAGGCAUCACUUUCAAAUUAUCUCCAGCUGAUACACUGAAUAAAUACUGACAUCAGAAUCCAAUCCAUCCUAGAUGAAAAAGCUAAAGCAUUAAAAAUAGUGGUCAAAAUGGACCUUAAUGUGGAUUGGUGAGGAUGCCAAUAAACUUACCAUUCCUUAAAUCACAGGUGUCAAGUUCCAACACUACUCCAACACACUUACCUGUAGGUUUCAAACAAGCCUAAAGGACUCAGUUUGAUUAGAAGUCUUUAAUUAGGGUUGAAUCUAAACUGUGCAGAGCUACAGCUCCCCGAAAACUGCAUUUGACACCUGUGCCUAAAAUGGUAAACAUGUAAUUCUUACGGUAAACUUACCAUUCCUUAAGCCUUAAAACUACCAAUUGUUACUAAAGUAGGCAAUUCAACCUUCAGCCCUCAUUGACCACCAUGAGAAGUUCUGCCAGUGCAUAGAUUUGGUCUUUAAGAGGUUAGUGAGAGGGUGAAGCGACUAAAGUGUUCCGGUGUUCUGGGAAAGGACAAUCCACACAGCUGUGUGUGAAGUAAAUGCAAAACAAACAUGCCUUGCUCAUGCUUCCCUUCAGCUGUCAUGGCUCUUCUUUCAAAGCCCCUUGCUGAACAGCGACGACCCAGCCAAAGCAUCAGUCCUCAGCGACUCCGAGUCACUGCACACUCGUGCUCUCUGGCAGUCUUUUUAAUUAACACUGAGACAUCUGUGGAGAGGGAUUCUGUGACAGAACAGAGCAGCCUGGGCUGUGUGUUUGCCUAUCUAUAACUAUAGUGGAGCCAUCAGGGGCAUCAGCGAAUCUUAGGUCAACACUAUUAUUAGUUUGUGUAGAACCAGCACAUUUACAUACCAUAAAAUGAGCUAAUCUGCAUAUCACCCAAGUCAUCACAUUUGCUUUUAAAUCUCUUGUAUUUCGUUCAAAGGUAAAUAAAUGUAAAAUAGUCAUUGAAUAGUUCAGGAUUGUAAAGUACCAUAACGGUAAACGGUACCUUGAAGAUGCCUACGAGUUACAGAGAUGCUUGCGUUUCUGUUCCAUCUCUCAAAACGUAUACUACUGAAGAAGGCAUAUCCAAGUACUACAAUAAUAUAAUGCUUUUUUUUUGCGUGUGGUUGCAUGUGUACGGUUUUCUUUGGAUUCCUUUCUUGCAUAAAAAAAACUCUUGGAGCCGUUCUUUUGUAAAAAAUAUCCUUAUUAGAAAUAUAUUAUUUUA